AUGGCCUCGGCGGGAGAUGAAAGGCCAUCAAAAAGGGCCAGACAGGCCUGCGCACCUUGCCGCCGGAAAAAGUCCCGCUGCCCCGGAGAAAAGCCCGUCUGCUCGUAUUGUGAGAGGUUGGGUCAGAAAUGCACAUAUGCCGUUGAUGAAUCUCGGAGCGAAGAGCCUGAACAUUCUAAGAAAAUGGACGAGCGCAUUUCUGGCAUUGAAAGUACAUUGGACAGAUUGAUGGACUAUAUUACGUGGGUUCAUCUGAGAAUUGAUCUAGUUACUGGACUGAUUGAAGUUGCAGGCGGCCUGCUCAAGAUCAGACCCCUUCGUCUGUACCUGCGAGUCACCAAGACCGAGUCCCAGAGCUACUGCCCCAAGACAGUCCUUCUAUGUCAGUCCGUCCUGUGCCUCCAGAGAGCCUCAUUUGCUUACUGGUGUUGCAGGGCACGCUCGCCGGAGUUAUCGGCAGCAGAUCUAUAUCUGACAUACUGCAAUUCACAGCCCCUUCUGCUGUUUCCUUAUCGAUCUUCUGUUGCCUCACUUGGACCAAGAGACCCCGAACUUAUCUGCGCCAUUGAAGCCCUUGGAAUGCGGUUUUAUGAUGGUGGAAUCACUAAUUCUCAAACUCAGUUUGAAAUCAAACGAAUGACAGGGCGGGCCUCCCAGAUAGUUAUGAUGCGAUUGGCAUCUGGUAGUGUAGAACUCUCAACCCUUCAGACUAUGUGUCUUCUGAGCAUGCUUGAAUUUACAGCUGGCCAUAUCAUCCGUGCCAGAUUUUUUACUAAGAUGGCCGCAUACUUUAUGCAAAAUCUUAAAGUCAACGGCCUAGACUCACUGAGUAACCUGGAAACCGAACGUGAUGAGCGCAAACUGUGCUACGUCAGCCUUAUCGUGCUCCGGAAUCUGCAGGGCUCUUUCCAACCUCUUCAUCCUAGAGAGUGCCCAGAUCCACUGGGCGAGGGUGAUGAGUUGUCUUCCCCAUUGGGGUCCAUGAUAUCCAACAUGGAGAACGCAAGGCGGACCAGCAGCUCCAAGCCAGAUAUCGGAAUUGUCGGCACCAACAUCUAUACAAGCGAGCUAUGGGCAUUGGCCUGCAACUAUGCGGCCAGCCCUGUUGGCGUUGAUGCCCACCCCCCGUGGUCACCGCACUCUGACUACGCCAUGAUUCAUUUCCAACAUUGCGAACACGAGAGCCUCAUGCCACUCAGAUUCAGACUCCAUGCAAGUCCCUUCCAAGAUCAUCCCUCAGCCGAGCUUCAGGCUCAUCGUGACUAUUGGGGUCCGUGGCUGUUCUUCCAGAUGGUUUGGCAUGCAGUCCCUUGUCUGAUCAACCAUCCAUUUCUUCUCUCUAUGCGUCUUCGGAAUUUUCGAAGGACAAUGCCUCAGUCAUUCCUUCGCAACUCGUUCGAGCAGUUGACAUUUCAUUCUGGUUGGGUUCUUCAUUUCGUUGAGCUCAUCAGCGCUAAAGUAUUUGAGGUUUCUGAUUCGACAAUUGGCCAUUGUGUGGUUAUUGUCGCUACGAUCUAUCUCCAGCAUAGCUUUGUCGAGGAUCAAACAUUUAAGCGAAAGGCGCAAACAGGGUUUGAAAAAUGUCUCAGGUUCCUGUGGAAUAUGAGUCGCCGCUGGCCACACAUUGACCGCCAGGCCCAACAACUACAGCAGCUCAGGGACAGUGUGUCUCCUGGGGGGCUCAUGACAGGCAAUGGUGCGCCUGGGGGAUCGAACCAGCGCCAGAUGUGGUCCGUCAACUUACAACUGCUAUGGAAAAUCUUGGUUUAUGCCCAUGCGAGCAAAUCCUCAGACUCCGGCAGCGACAUCUUUGGCCCAGAACUUUCCAAGGACAGCGUUGGAAGCUCAGGCGACCAUUCUGUCGGUGAUAUCACUGAGCGCGAUUUCACUUUGAUUGGAUCAGCGGGCAUAUCAGGCCACAAGACAGUAGCAGCUGAAUGUGUUACGUAUCCGCCCGAACAGACUGAGGAUCCGGUGCAAGCACCGAGUCAGAUCGCACCCACGAUGGACCUCUCAGGGCUUCCGGGGGAUCCAGAUGUAGAUUUCACGAGCGGAGACGGGCUCUACCUUCAGCUCCAAGAUUAUGGCAGAGCAUUUGAGGAUUGGCUAAGUGUCAAUCCAACAUGA